GUAAAAUAUACGAACCUUUGCGGCAGGGAUGGCUUAUGUAUAACAGGGCAUUUGAGCAUGUUCCAAACGGCAUCGAUCACGCAAAAUGCCUGGAUGGGGCUUUUCGACUUCUCGACGAAUUUGCCGCCCUUGUCAAAUCCGAGAUACGCACCACAACUAGCAACGAUCCACUUUUGCUCGGCCGAGAUACUCACAACGAGUAUGGGCAUGCUAGAAUAUCAAGUACGGCCGACGAGGAAAGUUUGCAACGAAUGCGUCAAGGAGUAACAAACCUCCAGACAGCAGGCCUGUAUGGAAGCGCCUUCCUCCUUCAGAUGGAUCAAAUGAUGAAGUACCCAACACAGAUCGACGAUGCGGACAAGCAACGGUUCGAGGAAGCCAGAGGCCAGUUUCUGUCUGUGUGGCAUAGCCCUCCAAUAUAUCAUGAGAUAGGCCAGAACGCGCCGAAAGAACUCCAGCUCAUGUCUUUGGCUCUGCCACAUCUGCCAAACGGGUCUUUCGGAUACAACCCAACCAUGGUCGAUCUGUUUCUUCAGGACAGACUAUCCAGCCUUGAACCUGCAAUCAGACACGAUUGCCUUGGCAGAACCCCCUCCCAUAUCCGGAUCGAUGCAGGGAUACACAAUACAAGGUGGUCAGAUGCACACGUCAAUCAUAAGGACAUUCUUGGACGGACGGCAUUGUACUUUGCAUGCCGGGACGGAAACGAAAAGCAGGUAAAGGAGCUCCUUGAAGCCGACGUAGAUAUAUACGCGCAGACAUUUACUGGCCUUUCGCCAUUGCACGUCGCCGCAUAUAUGGGUUAUACUUCGAUAUGUCGUUGGAUCUGGCAAAAACAUCGAGACAAGGGUACGGCCGAGAAUGGCUGGAAGGCUGCGGACUGUACAGGUCGCACUCCGCUGCUUUGCGCCGCAAGCACUGGCCAGCACGAAGCAAUCGAAUUCUUCUGCAACAUCCGGCCCCACAUCUCGGUUGCCGACCAUGUCGAUUGCUACUGGAACUCUGCUCUAGGUCUCGCCGUCCGCGGUGGCCAUCUCAACGCUGUGCGCAUCUUACUGAAGUACGGAUUCUCCGCAGAUAUUCCAGACAAGUUGCAUCGCACCCCCUUCUGGUAUGCCGUGCAAGGAUCUGACUACAGAAUCAUGGAAGUCCUAGGCCUGGGUAAGGUCGCGAGCCCCGACCACAAAGACAUCAAUGGGCGUACGCCUCUAGCCGAAGCUGCAAGAAAUGGAAAUAUAGAAGCUGUCCAGUUUCUCCUUAGCCUUAAUGAUCAAGAUCCCCUAGGCAGCAUGAAGGGCUCACGAAUCAGCUGGAAAGUGGAUCCGAACUCGAAGGACCGGGAUGGAAAAUCUCCACUCAUUCUAGCGACAGAAGCUGGCAGAACGGACUGCGUUGUGGCCUUUUUGGCGCAGGAUUGUGCGUUCCAUCACGAGGAUUACGCUCAUGUUUGCUCAAUCGUGAAUGCUCGGCAGGAUUUCGAAAUGGGGAAGGCCAUCAAGAAGUUCAGCUUGAACUCGAAAUGGAAAAAGAAGAAAAGCUCGGAAUUGACUUGGAUUAUCUAGUUAAUAGCAAGUGUCUCAGAAUAAUGCAGAGAGAAGCUCAUCUAGAAUGAAGGAAUAUAU